AAGUCUUAACAUGGCGGCAGUUGCAGUGAUUGUUGCGGUUGUGGCGAUUAUAUUCGUAACAAUAUGGUUUUUACAAUCAUCACGCAACCGGAAACUUGUAAACAAAGUGCCCGGUCCCGCUGCUUUACCUUUGAUCGGAAAUGCUCACCAACUGUCACCAUCUGGCGCAGAUUUCUACGGUCAGCUGCUACAGUUCGCGGAGACGUACAAGGAAGCAGGGAUGUUCCGUAUAUGGCUGGGUGUGACACCGGUCAUAGCCCUCUACAAGGCAGAACUGUCAGAGAUGCUAAUCAUGCAGGUGAUCGUGAAAGCUAAGGCCAGAAGAUUCACACUGACCAAGGGGAAAAGGACCUCCAAUUUUCGCAAGUCCCAGGAAAAGUCAAGGGAUCAAUGUGACAAAGAUCUCAAGUUUCUAGAAAUCGGAUUCCUCAUGAAUGAAAACCUCAUCAAAUUACCAGGAGAUCGGUGGACAAAAAUCCAGAGCUAUCUACUGUUAUCUCUCAACAACAAGUUAACAGUCAAGCAAUAUCAGAUGAUCUUAAGUCUCCUCACGUCAGCGCAAGAACUUACAGAGUCGAAGACCUAUACAAAGGUUCUUGAGACCAUUUCUGGAUCAUCAGGAUCUAAAGAUUCGUCUUCCUUCACAACUGAAGAAACACAUUCGUUGGGGGGUGUCAAAGCCUACAAAACUGGGAUGGCAUCCAAUCUGCAUGAAGAAGGAGUCAUAGCAUUCACACUAGUGCUUCAUGGCAACAGCUCCAUCACAUCCAUUAUGGAAGCAUGUUUAUGGAAGUCUGAUACUGUCUUUGCCAACCACUAUCUCAGAGAUGUUAAUACACAAGAUGUUGCUGGUGGGGUUUUUACUUGUUGCAGCACAGGGAGGAAAUGGCAUGAGCGACGUAAGAUGCUCACACCAACAUUCCACUUCAAGAUCCUCACAGAUUUUGUCUUGGUGUUCAAUGAGCAGGCUCAAAUACUGAAGGAAAAGUUAAGGUCCAAGGUUGGAAGCAAACCAUUCAACAUCUUCCCAGACAUCACCCUGUGUGCUCUAGACGUCAUCUGUGAGACAGCCAUGGGGAGAAACAUUAAUGCUCAGAGUAAUAGUGACUCUGAAUAUGUCAAUGCAGUUUACAAGAUGAGCACAAUUUUACUGAAACGCAUGAGGUCUCCAUGGUACUGGCCUAGUGUCCUCUUCAACGCCUUUGGUUCAGGUAGUGAACAUGACAGGUGUCUCGGUAUCCUGCACAGAUUUACUCAGAAGGUGAUCUCUGAGAAGAGGCAGGAGUUCUGUUCCAGGAAGGAGACUGGAGCAGUUGGUACAGAGGGGAAGGAAGAGGAGGUUGUGGGCAGGAAGAAGCGCUUGGCCUUCAUGGACAUGCUACUGCACAUGUCUAAUGAUGGAGUCACUCUGUCUGAUGAUGACAUCAGGGAAGAAGUCGACACUUUUAUGUUUGAGGGCCAUGACACAACUGCAGCAGCCAUGAACUGGGCAGUGUUCCUCAUCAGUUCCAACACAAGGAUACAGCAGAAAGUACAUGAGGAACUGGACUCAGUGUUUGGGGACAGUGAGGAGCCUGCCACAAUGGAGAACCUGAAGGAUCUCAAGUACCUGGAGUGCUGCAUCAAGGAAGCUCUGAGACUCUACCCAUCUGUACCGUCCUUCGCUCGCACCCUCACCAAGGAUGCUGACAUAGGGGGCCUUGUCAUCCCUAAAGAUGCUUCAGUCGUACUGUUGACGUCUGCCCUCCACCGUGACCCCCGGUACUUCCCUGACCCAGAGGUCUUCAACCCUGACAGGUUCCUCCCGGAGAAUGUCAAGAAUCGGCACCCCUACACCUAUGUGCCGUUCUCAGCUGGUAUGAGGAAUUGCAUUGGUCAGAAGUUUGCCCUGCUGGAAGAGAAAGUCAUCUUGUCCACCAUCUUCCGCAACUUCACAGUGAGGUCACACCAGAAACGUGAAGACCUGAAACCUGUGGGUGAUCUGAUCCUGCGACCAGAGAAGGGUAUCUUUGUCACCCUCAGCAGCCGAACCUGAGGGGGCCCCACACAUCACCAUGGCCACACCGUGAGGUCAGCACCUCGUCUUACGGAUCAUGCCAUUGUAGGCCCAAAAUGUAUAAAGGCGCAUGGUUUUGAAUUGCAUUGAUCUCUGAAUCUGAUUAAUGAAAACAAAUACAGCAAAUCAAGAAAUUAAUACAAAAUUAAUGCAAACAAUUGCAAUCAUCACUUGCUCAAAUUAAUAGAGUGACUAUUUGGAAUUGAUUGAUAAGUCAGGUUCAAGGCACCUUGGAAGAAACAAUGACAUAAAUAAAAAUGCUCAGAAUACGCAUGCUAGAUCCAAAGGCAGGGCUACGCACAUCAAGAGCGUGACAUGUAUUUUGCCAAAGGUCGACACUUGCAUUAAUUUGGUAUGUGUAAUACUUAACAAAGCAUGUCCAGUAAGUGUUGACAAACAUGAUCACUUGUUUUCGAUUACCACAUGAUUCUAUUACAAACACAUCAACUGAUUACUUCAAAAUUCUGCUAUCUUCGGUAAUAUAUGGUAGCUCCAUAGGUAGAACUGUCUUAACGCUGGUAAUAGGUGGUGUAUAUAUUUAUAUGAUGUAUGUAUAUCAUCACCCUGCUUGUCACAUAACAUCAUCACAGAUAUAGAUGACACUACUGUUUUCACCUUGAGUCAGCCACACAACGCACAGCAGUGCAGGGAGGAACUAGCAGCACUUGUGUGAUUAUCACCAACAAAGGGGCCACAGUUUCACGGGAUGUAAUUGUUGAACUAUAUUGUUUCACCUUCUCAGUGUACACUUUUAUAAUCAAGUAUGCACCUGUCUUCAAACUAGUCGAUCAUACAGCUCAGUGUGGCAGUUAAUGUAUGUUGUAAUACACAGCCUGCAGUAGAACUAGCAGAAUCUGCUGAGUGGGCCAAAGUUAGUUGUCAGGCUGCUUGAAGUCCCCAGCUGGCCAUCAGGGUGAGGGAUCAGCUUGCCAGGUGUGGUGUCCAGAAUGAAUGUUGACAUGUUGCUGUCAUAACGCCGGAAUAACGCUGACCAACAAACAAACAAAUCCAUGACAGAUUAGUCAUUUACUGAACAGUCAUCUUGCCAUGCUCCAUCUUGAGAUGGUGGACUUUAUUUCUACUGCAUAUUAAUUUACUGUUGUUUUACAUGUAGUAUGUUGUCAUUUAUACUUCUGUUGGCUGCUCAGUCAUUAUAUAUACAUGUAUGAUUUACACAUCUGCACAGGGAAACAUCAAUAAAUUGUGUUUUCACAAAUUUUA